AUGACGACGCUGAGGAUAGCCCUUGUAGCGGCUUGCAUCGCCCUGGCCAGCUCGGAUUUUCACUACGACAAUGAGAUUAUUGGUAAGGGGAUUUUUUGGGAUUACGGUAACUGAAAGUUACAGUAAGACAAAAAAUUUUUUUUGUCAAGUUCAUUGCUUUGAAAAUGUCAUAUCAAACCAUUAAUUGGCGUAUUUUACCAUUUUUUCAUCUUGAUCCCCCCUUACCACACCCUAGAUUUUUUACCACGCCCUAAAUUUUUAAUUUUAAAAUCAAUUUUGGAGACUUUGGAAGCUAUUUUUCGCAUUUUUCAACUUUUUCCACUGUGGUCCCCUCUUACCACACUCUAGAUUUUUUUACCACGCCCUAAAUUUUUUAUUUUGAUGUCAAUUCUGGAGACUUUGGAACCGAUUUCUCACAUUUUCAAACGAUUUUCACUGUGGUCCCCUCUUACCACACCCAAAAAUUUUUUGCCACGCCCUCAUUUUUUGAUGUCAAAAUGAUCUCUGAUGCCCAUAAAUUAAAAUUUUUCAAAAAAAAAAUUUGUUAAUACUCGUAUUUUAGGCGAGCCCGAGAUUGAAUGCGGCUACGGCGUGGUGAACUUCAAAGUCCGCACCACCAAAGGCCAGGCGUCGCAAGUUUUCGUGAAAGGGAAUUCGGACAACAAGGACUGCGUUUUCCACAACACCGGGAAUGUCACCAUCGACCUGAGCAAAUGUAACAUCCGACGGAAGCGCGAGGUCAGCCCCACUGGAAUCACAUAUGCCAUGACUGUCAUUGUUCAGCUUCAUCCGGUGAGAUUUCGAGUUUUUUUGAUUGAAAAUGAAUUUGCGGAGAGGGAAGAGUUACUCUGUCGACCGUAUUUUAAAAACUUUGUUUGUUCGUUUUACGUAAAUUUUUUGGUCUCCUCUUGCCAUACUCAAAAAUUUUUUAACACGCCCCAAAUUCAAGUGUCAUUGAGAUAAAAAUGACUUUUAAACUACUUUUAUAAAAAUUUUUUAGUGGUCUCCUCUUGCCAUGCCCAAAAAAUUUUGUUGUUACGCCCCAAAAAAUCAAGUUUUAAUAGGUCUAGAAAUUUAUUUUGAGUCAUUUUAACAAAUUUUUUUAUGGUCUCCCCUUGCCAUACCUAAAAAAAUUUUUGCCACGCCAAAAAAAUUCAAGUCAGAUUGGUUAGGAUCUUUGAAUAUUCAAAUUUCCCCCUUUCCAUAUUCAAAUUCCUGCCAGCAACCCGAAAGCAUCCCGAAAAUGCGGAUGAUUUAUCGCCGCUCUCCGGAAGCCUUCGGUAAAAACAUGUGAAAUUAGAGGCGAUCUUGACCUUGCCCACCACCAUUUGGGGGCACCUGUGCGGAACAAUGGGGACGUCAAUUUUCGCAAAAAAAUGGAAAGGCUGCUGAAGACGACGUCCGCGCGCAUAGCGUUGGUCAAGGCUGCCAUGCCUGUUUUCACCCAUCGCCGCGCCCGCCUCCUUGUGACAUAUUGACCGGCAAAAAGCACUCAACGCAAAAAUUUUUGGUCCGGAGUAUUUUCAUAAAGUGCGUGGACAUUUUGUCGUGGUCUGCACGGUGCUAAAAAAACUCUCGUUUUGCACCGUGCAUUCACUUUUUUUCGUUUUCGCACCGUGCAUCGGAAAUACAGCCAUAUUUUGGAUUGCACUGUGCAAAAAAAGAAAAAUGCACUGUGCGUUGGCGACAAGUGUGGGGAAAGUUUCUAAAGAUGCACAGUGCGAAAACAUAAGUUUAGUUUGCACUGUGCAAUUUCUUGUUUUUUGCACCGUGCAUCGAAAUAUCGCCGCGACUUUGCGUCGCCGGAUUGCACAGUGCGGCUUUUUUGUGACUUGCACGGUGCGAAGAGAGAAAAAUGCACCGUGCGUUGGCGACAAGCGUGGGAAAAAGUGUGAAAUGCACUGUGCGAAAGGGAACAAAUGUCCAUGCACUUUAUAAAAAUAUUACUAAAACCCUAGUGUGAAAAAAACACACAAAAAUAAUGAAAAACAGCAUAGUUAUUGCAAUGAUAACUCUCAUAAACCACAUCAACCACAAUGACAAUAAAAAAUUUUCAGUUAUUUGUCACCAAAAUCGACCGCGCUUACAAUGUCAACUGCUUCUACAUGGAGAAGAAACAGGACGUCAAUAUCGAAUUUGGCGUUAGUGAACUGACCACCCAGAGCAUUGCUCAAGACGCUACCACACCUACUUGCACCUACACGAUUCAUCGGGACAGCCCGAAUGGCCCGAUUAUUCAGUAUGGAAAGGUGGGAGAUAUCAUCUACCACAAAUGGGAGUGUCCAUCGCCAAUGUACAAGAUGCUGCUGAGUCUGUGCAAGGCGGUUGAUGGGAAGGGCAAGGAAUACCCUCUGCAGGAUGAGCAUGGGUAAGCAAAAAAAUGAAGAGGGAUACUGUAAUUUUUACGGGGAGAAAAAGAGAUUUUUUGUCAAAAAGUGGUGUACAAAGUAAAUUUUAAAAAUCUCAAAAACUACAUUAGCUAUUUUUAUAAAAUUUGGAGGAUAAAUAGCUCAAUCGUCAAGUAAGAGACAUACCAAAACUUUCGACUGUAGCUGUUGAUUUGGAUUAGCUACAGUAAUUUUUCCAAGACCCCCUAAAAAUUCCCAAAACUGCAAAGCCAAUCAAAAAAUCGCGAUUUUCUGCAUAGCAAUCGCAAAGUAAUAAUCUAAAAUCAUUUCCAGCUGCUCCACUGAUCGUUUCCUCUUCCCCGAAGUCACCUACUCCAACGAUGUGACCACAGCGAUGGUCGAAACUUCAGCCUUCAACUUCCCCGACCAAAACAAUGUCGCGUUCACCUGCAAGAUCCAGCUGUGCUAUCAACAAGACAAUUGCGACUCCAUUACUCCCCCUCGUUGUGGACACAACAAGGAUAAGGAUAUUGAGCUCAACGGCGACUCUUUGCAUGGCAACGACCUUAACGAUGACCAGCUAAUCAGCAGUACGGUUAGCGACGAGAGAAUUAGCAGCACUUCGGCGGAAAAGAGUACGGAACGAGCGUUCGCCGGAGAUACCGAGGCCACAACGUUGAAGGCUACCACGACAACCACUCAGGGAACAACCACAAGUGCCAGCACCACCGGAGCGACCACAACCAAGGCCACAACAACGCAAUCUUCAACGACCAAGUCUUCAACAACCACCUCCACUACAACUAGCGCUACCUCAACGACCAGCACCACCACCACAACAGCUGUGCCCGUGAAGAGCGCCAGCAGCACCAAGCUCUUCAUCCCCGCCGACUUCCCGCGACCGGACGCGCUGGAAGAGGGCUCCGGCGAGGUGGACGCGUGGAUGGUCAGCGACAUCCCCGAAGCCAGCGAGAACCGCAACGACUCCGCCGAAUCCACGCCGCCCCCAGUGCAGGUGCUCAAGAAGAACAAGAAGAGAACUCCGCAAGCUCAACGACCAAUCGUCGAAGAGACUACGACCCUUAGGGCAGCAUCGCGACAACAACGCAAUGCCACGCCAAGACCCAGCAACUUGUUGGACAUGGACGUCACCAAUGACUUGACCGUCAUCGACGACUAUUUGAGUAAGUUAUCAAAAAGAUCUGUGGGAGAUGGCCUGCAUAUAGUACCAGCCUGUCGGGAAAAUAAUGAGCACAAGGUCGCUGCGGCAAUCGUGUCGCCGAAGUGAAAAGAAAUUUGAUUUUGCCGCGACACAAUUCAUUUUCUCGGCAGCGAUGCUGUUUUUGGUGUAACAGAGUGCUCAUUAUUUUCCCGACAAACUGAUUACGUGACAAAAAUCCUACACAUUUGAAGAAAACUAAUAGCCUUCCCAACUAAUCCCGCCACUUUCAGACAACGCCGAGCAAGCUACGCAGGCCCAGAAGCAGGUGUACCGCGACCUGAACGAGACGCCGUUCGGGCGUGGCGUGUGCUUCUCGCCGGUCGCCCUGCUGUGCGGCGUGCUGCUGAUCCUCCUCCUCUUCGUCAGUGUCAUUUUCGUGCUGUUCCGCAGUCGUCGCAGCAGCAAGUACUACGGAGCUUGA